AUGGCACGAGCUACUACUGCUACUUCUUGUUGCACCCACCAUCUCCUUCCUCUACUGCUCGUUGCCUUAGUCGCCGCCACCACCACCACCACCACCAACCACGCCGCCGCCGCCGCGUUCAACAUCACCAACCUAUGCCCCUUCACCGUGUGGCCGGCCGCCGUGCCGGUGGGCGGCGGCAUGCGGCUCGACCCAGGCACGUCGUGGGCGCUCGACGUGCCGGCGGGCACCGCUCCCGGGCGCGUGUGGGCGCGCACGGGCUGCUCGUUCGACGCCAGAGGCGGCAACGGCACGUGCCUGACCGGCGACUGCGGCGGCGCGCUGUCGUGCGCCAGCUACGGCGAGCCGCCGCAGACGCUCGCCGAGUUCUCCCUCGACCAGCCCAACGGCCAGGACCUCUUCGACAUCUCCCUCGUCGACGGCUUCAACGUGCCCAUGGACUUCCUCCCGGAGCUCAACCAGGGUGGAACGCCGCCACCGCCGUGCAGCAAGGGGCCACGCUGUCCGGCCAACGUGACGGCGCAGUGCCCCGGCGAGCUCAGGGCGCACGGCGGCUGCAACAGCGCGUGCAGAGUGUUCAAGCAGGACAAGUACUGCUGCACCGGGAACGGCAGCAUCACCUGCGAACCCACCACCUACUCGCUUCCAUUCGUGAGGAUGUGCCCCGACGCCUACAGCUAUUCCAGGAGCGACGCAUCCAGCCCCGUGUUCACUUGCCCUUCAGGCACCAACUACCACAUCAUCUUCUGCCCCCCUCUUGAUCUCACCUCAUCAAUUCCUGCACCCAUUGCUGCUCCUGACAGUAACAAACAAGGAAAGGUUAUUGCUGGGAUCGUAAUUUCUGUAAUUGGAUCCACUUCAGUAUUCACCAUUGUUACAGCUUAUAUCAUCAUCAGACGAAGAACACGUCGGCACCAGCACCAUGAGGUGCAUGAGGAACAAGAGUUUGAGGAGAUAUCUUUCCAAGGAAUGCCAAAGAGGUUCACAUUUCAGCAGCUACAGGAAGCAACCGAUCGAUUCAGAGACAAGCUUGGUGAAGGAGGAUUUGGGUCAGUUUUCGUGGGACGGAUUGGAGACGAAAGGAUCGCGGUAAAACGCUUGGAUCGAAGUGGUCAGGGAAUGAGAGAAUUCUUGGCAGAGGUUCAGACGAUCGGCAACAUUCACCAUAUCAAUCUAGUGAGGCUGAUUGGCUUCUGUGCAGAGAAAUCGCAAUGGCUUUUGGUGUAUGAGCAUAUGCCCAGAGGCUCCUUGGACAGGUGGAUCUAUCACCAGCAAGGUGUUGUCUUUCCAUCUGCUCCUCCUCCUCCUCUAGAUUGGGAAACAAGAUACAGAAUUAUUACUCAUGUAGCCAAAGGUCUCUCUUACCUUCAUGAGGAGUGCAUGAAGAGAAUUGCUCACUUGGAUGUAAAACCACAAAACAUCCUCCUGGACAACAACUUCAAUGCUAAACUUUCUGACUUUGGGCUAUGCAAGCUCAUUGAUCGAGAUAAGAGCCAAGUGAUCACCAGAAUGAGAGGCACACCUGGAUAUUUAGCUCCUGAAUGGCUGACAUCUCACAUCACGGAGAAGGCUGAUGUAUAUAGCUUUGGCAUAGUAGUCAUGGAAAUCAUCAGCGGAAGAAGGAACGUUGACAGUUCCCGGUCUGAAGAGAGUGUCCAUCUAAUUACCUUGUUGCAAGAAAAGGUGAAGAGUGAUCAGUUGGUAGAUUUGAUUGACAAGCACAGCAGUGACAUGCAAGCACACGGGCAAGAAGUAAUUCAGAUGAUGAAACUUGCAAUGUGGUGUUUGCAGAUUGAUUGCAAAAGAAGGCCUCAAAUGUCUGAGGUCGUCAGAGUCUUGGAAGGCACCAUAAGUGUCGAAACUAACAUAGUCCAUGACUUUGUUGCAAUAACUCCAGUAAACUUUGGUGUUAAUGAAAUUGUGGCCUCAGCUCCACCUCUAGCCUCAGAUAUAUCAGGCCCCAGGUGAAUUCCGGAAUUUUAUGGUGUAGAACAUGUGCGUUUCUG